AUGAUAAGACUUACAUCUCAGAACAAUAACCUUCUUAACAGAAUUCUGAUAAAAAUCAUCGAAUAUAGUACCAAUGAAACCCUUAACAGAAUUAUGAUAAGACUUACAUCUCAGAACAAUAACCUUCUUAACAGAAUUCUGAUAAAAAUCAUCGAAUAUAGUACCAAUGAAACCCUUAACAGAAUUAUGAUAAGACUUACAUCUCAGAACAAUAACCUUCUUAACAGAAUUCUGAUAAAAAUCAUCGAAUAUAGUACCAAUGAAACCCUUAACAGAAUUAUGAUAAGACUUACAUCUCAGAACAAUAACCUUCUUAACAGAAUUCUGAUAAAAAUCAUCGAAUAUAGUACCAAUGAAACCCUUAACAGAAUUAUGAUAAGACUUACAUCUCAGAACAAUAACCUUCUUAACAGAAUUCUGAUAAAAAUCAUCGAAUAUAGUACCAAUGAAACCCUUAACAGAAUUAUGAUAAGACUUACAUCUCAGAACAAUAACCUUCUUAACAGAAUUCUGAUAAAAAUCAUCGAAUAUAGUACCAAUGAAACCCUUAACAGAAUUAUGAUAAGACUUACAUCUCAGAACAAUAACCUUCUUAACAGAAUUCUGAUAAAAAUCAUCGAAUAUAGUACCAAUGAAACCCUUAACAGAAUUAUGAUAAGACUUACAUCUCAGAACAAUAACCUUCUUAACAGAAUUCUGAUAAAAAUCAUCGAAUAUAGUACCAAUGAAACCCUUAACAGAAUUAUGAUAAGACUUACAUCUCAGAACAAUAACCUUCUUAACAGAAUUCUGAUAAAAAUCAUCGAAUAUAGUACCAAUGAAACCCUUAACAGAAUUAUGAUAAGACUUACAUCUCAGAACAAUAACCUUCUUAACAGAAUUCUGAUAAAAAUCAUCGAAUAUAGUACCAAUGAAACCCUUAACAGAAUUAUGAUAAGACUUACAUCUCAGAACAAUAACCUUCUUAACAGAAUUCUGAUAAAAAUCAUCGAAUAUAGUACCAAUGAAACCCUUAACAGAAUUAUGAUAAGACUUACAUCUCAGAACAAUAACCUUCUUAACAGAAUUCUGAUAAAAAUCAUCGAAUAUAGUACCAAUGAAACCCUUAACAGAAUUAUGAUAAGACUUACAUCUCAGAACAAUAACCUUCUUAACAGAAUUCUGAUAAAAAUCAUCGAAUAUAGUACCAAUGAAACCCUUAACAGAAUUAUGAUAAGACUUACAUCUCAGAACAAUAACCUUCUUAACAGAAUUCUGAUAAAAAUCAUCGAAUAUAGUACCAAUGAAACCCUUAACAGAAUUCUGAUAAGACUUACAUCUCAGAACAAUAACCUUCUUAACAGAAUUCUGAUAAAAAUCAUCGAAUAUAGUACCAAUGAAACCCUUAACAGAAUUAUGAUAAGACUUACAUCUCAGAACAAUAACCUUCUUAACAGAAUUCUGAUAAAAAUCAUCGAAUAUAGUACCAAUGAAACCCUUAACAGAAUUCUGAUAAGACUUACAUCUCAGAACAAUAACCUUCUUAACAGAAUUCUGAUAAAAAUCAUCGAAUAUAGUACCAAUGAAACCCUUAACAGAAUUCUGAUAAGACUUACAUCUCAGAACAAUAACCUUCUUAACAGAAUUCUGAUAAAAAUCAUCGAAUAUAGUACCAAUGAAACCCUUAACAGAAUUAUGAUAAGACUUACAUCUCAGAACAAUAACCUUCUUAACAGAAUUCUGAUAAAAAUCAUCGAAUAUAGUACCAAUGAAACCCUUAACAGAAUUAUGAUAAGACUUACAUCUCAGAACAAUAACCUUCUUAACAGAAUUCUGAUAAAAAUCAUCGAAUAUAGUACCAAUGAAACCCUUAACAGAAUUAUGAUAAGACUUACAUCUCAGAACAAUAACCUUCUUAACAGAAUUCUGAUAAGACUUACAUCUCAGAACAAUAACCUUCUUAACAGAGUUCUGAUAAGACAGUUGCAUCUCAAAGCAAUAGCCGUCUUAAUAGAAUUCUGA